CUGUCAUUUAAUUUAUUAAACUAAUGUGUUGAAGACAUUAGAGAUGACUAUUACGGAAAAAAACUCACUAGUGCCAUCUCAGCGAGUUGAGAAAAGGGUGAAGUUAAUACCACCGGAUGGAGGUUGGGGUUGGAUGGUGCUACUGGGUGUCGCCGUGUGUAAUAUAUUUAAUCAGUCUAUGCUAUCAUUAUUUAGUUUGUUAUAUGGAGAUCACUUAGAAGCCAUGGGCCACAAAACAUCAGGAGCAGCUAUCGUUCUAAGCACUAUGUUGUUUGUGACAAAUUUCGGCGGCCCCAUAGCGGGAGCGGUGCUUAAACUGACGUCACCUAGAAUGGUAUCAGUUACUGGUGCAUGUUUAUGUACCUCGGGAAUAUUUUUAAGUGGUUAUUCCACUAAUAUUUAUCAUUUGAUCCUGACCUACGGCGUUUUGUUGGGUAUGGGCUUAGGGUUUGUCCAGAACGCGUCGUUCGUAGCCAUAAACAGCUACUUCCAACUGAAGAAAAGUCGCGCUGUGGGUCUGGCUAACGUGGGCACAGGUGUGGGACAGACUGUAAUGCCCCAUUUAGUGCGAUACCUGCUGGAAAAUUACGGAUUCCGAGGCGCUUGCUUGCUGCUGUCCGGUUUGAGUUUGAACGGGAUUGGUGGAACACUUCUAAUACAACCUGUAGAAUGGCACAUGAAAAAAGUAGAAGAAGACGUUAUUUUAGAUGAAAAGUUGCAAUUAUUACAAGCUCAACAUAAAGAUAUUGUCUUAAGGAAAGAUUCUAUGACAAAAAAAGAAAUUUACAGCGGGCUGGGGCGCUCCACUGAAUCGUCUCUAGGGAAAGAAAAGCAAACCGACUCGGAUCAAAAGUUCACUAGUAUUAAUGAAUUGACUAAUGGCGCCAAGUUAACAGAAAACGGUUUGAAUGGGAAUAACAAUGCCGUCGCAGUAUCGAAGCCCAAGAAGGGUUUAGUUAAGAAGUUGUAUGAUUUAUUUGACAUUUCUCUCUUAUCGAGUCCUCGUUUUCUAAAUAUCAUUAUCGGAACCUCGCUGGCGGUAACUUCAAUACAAAAUUUCAGUAUGCUGUAUCCGUUCUUUUUACAGAAAGUAGCUGACAUGGAUAAACAACAGACGGCUAACUGCAUGUCUGCCGUGGCUCUGGCUGACAUUGCUGGCAGGCUGAUAUUGCCCGUUUUCCAGGACAAGUACAGGAUCAAGGCCAGAUGGAUGCUGAUCAUGACCAGUGUAUGGCUCAUUGUUGUAAGGCAGAUAUUGGCAUAUCAAACAAAUCAGAUGGUUCUCCUGGCUAUGUCGUCCAUUUACGGAUUUGGAAGAAGUAUGGUGAUCGUCGCAAGGAACAUUGCUAUAUCUGAACAGGUCAGAAUGGACCAAGUGCCAGCCGCCGUAGGCCUGGGCAUGUUGACCAUGGGCAUAAUCGUACCCCCUGCGGGCUAUUUCCUUGGAUGGAUCAGAGACUAUACCGGAAGCUUCGUUGCGAGUAUAACAGCACAGAACUUAUUAUUGGUGGUUCUUUUAGCUACCUGGAUACCUGAUAUGCUAUUAUUGAGAAAAAGUGAGAAACAAAUGAAGAAGAAAGAACAGGAACUUAUAAGAAUGACGUAACUAGGAUGUAAAUAACUGUUUGUGUUACUGAAAAUUGCCGAACAAAAUGCAUUGAGAUAUCUAUUAGAUAGGA